GUGUCAACUUCAUAAUAAACGAUAUCGAUUUAAAAAUUUAGCAUUCUAAUAUGUUUUAAUAACACGGUUACCGGUUAUAUAUCAUAAAUAUGGGUAUUUUCACGAAACUUCUUAUAUUUGGAUUAAUCACAGUGAAACUUUCUCCAUAUUUCUGUGAAUACUUAGGAAAUACUUCGUAUAAAUGGCCAACAGUAGCUAUUUCCGUUCUGGUUAGAAAUAAAGCCCACACUUUACCAUAUUUCUUUUCGUGCUUGAUGAAUCAGGACUACCCCAAAGAUAGAAUCUACAUUUGGAUUUAUAGUGACUUCAAUGAAGACAAUAGUAUUGAGAUAAUAGAAGAUUGGGUAGAAGAGUUUGGUUCGUCUUAUAAUGCAAUAUAUGUCACCACAAAUGCCACAAAUGGUCCAUUGCAUCCAGACGAAGAAACAUCUUCAAACUGGACUCCAAAGCAUUUUGAGCACGUAAUUCAGCUGAGGGAAAGUGCUCUAAGAUUUGCUAGAAGAAUGUGGGCUGACUUUAUAUUUAUGUUAGACGCAGAUGUGUUUCUGACUGAACCCACAGCAUUAAAAUAUUUAGUAAAUAAGGACAUGUUAGUUGUUGCUCCUAUGCUUGUCUCGGAUGGACUUUACUCAAACUUUUGGUGUGGUAUGACAGAAUAUUAUUAUUACAAAAGAACGGAUGAUUACACGCCAAUUUAUCAACGUGAACGAAUUGGAUGUUUCGAUGUUCCUAUGGUGCAUUCAGCAGUGCUCAUAUCUCUAAGAUAUAGAAGAUCAGAUAUACUUACAUAUAAUCCAGACAACAUCAGAGAUUACGAAGGGCCAUAUGAUGACAUCAUAGUUUUUGCUUUAAAUGCAAAUCGAAAUGGUGUCCCACUUAAAGUAUGCAAUGACCAUCACUAUGGAUUUAUAACUACACCAUUAGAGGAUGGUCAAGCACUUGAACAUGAUCGGGAAUUACUAUUGAAUGUAAAAAUGGAAGCUUUGAGUCGGGGCACCCCUUUGCUACUCGACAAACAUCUCGAGGGCUAUGUGACUUAUCCAAAAACAUCUAAAUUGGGAUGUAGUGAAGUUUUCCUGAUUAAUCUCGAAAGAAGACCACAGCGACUGAAACUUAUGGCAUCAAGCUUUAAGGAACUCGGCAUGACAGCAAAACUGUUUAAGGCAAUUGACGGAAAAGAGUUGGAUGUAUGUAAUUUAAAGGAGAAUUUCAUCACUUUAAUGCCAGGUUAUGAAGAUCCUUAUCACAAAAGACCGAUGAAAGCUGGAGAAGUGGGUUGCUUUUUAAGUCAUUACUAUAUAUGGGAGCAGAUUGUGGAGGAAAAUCUUGAUAUCUCAUUAAUCCUUGAAGAUGAUAUACAUUUUGUGCCAUAUUUCCGUCACCGUUUCCUUGAGAUUAUGGACGAAAUCAAAAACCUCGAUUGGGAUCUUGUUUAUAUCGGCAGGAAAAUAUUGAUGGACGGGAAAGAGGAAUUUGUAACACCACAUGUAACCAAGCCGCGUUAUUCAUAUUGGACGCUUGGUUACUUGAUAACUAAACGUGGUGCUCAGAAGUUACUGGAUGCUAAUCCACUGGACAAAUUGUUACCAGUCGACGAGUUCCUUCCGAUCAUGUUUGAUCAACACACAAAUACAACCUGGAAAUCAUAUUUUCCCCAUCGAAACCUGAAAGCAUUUUCUGCGUCGCCUCUUUUAGUUCACCCAACACAUUAUACAGGUCAAGUAGGAUAUAUCAGUGAUACUGAAGAUUCAACUGUAGUCGAAGUUAUUGAACCUGGUCGUAUAAGGAACGAACUUUGAACGGACAAACUGACAUUCCAAUGUUUAAUAAAGUUUACUGUAUCCUUGUUCAACAUGUUCUGUGCCAUUGAUAACUUUUUAAACUUUAGCUGUAAGAUAAUGCCAAAUGUUGCCGUUUCCUCUAAAGUUAAAUAUAUCUUAUUCUGAGCCUAAACUUGGAAAUAAA